AUGGAUGUGUUUGGUGGUGCACCACGCUUCUUGGCCUAUCCAAGGCCUGUGGUGGUACAAAGCGGGACUGAUGCAGUGCUCAAGUGUCAGAUUGGUGGGGAUCCAAGGCCUGCAGUUAUUUGGGAGCGAAACAAUGAAAAGAUAGACCCACAAGGACGAUACAGGGUGUUCGAGGAUGGGAAUGUUUACAAUCUUAUAAUUUCGGCUGUAACCACAGAGGAUAGUGGACAGUACAUUUGCAAAGCAAAGAACAGCAUUGGUGAAACAUAUGCAGCAGCCACACUGAGGGUGGAGGGCGAAGCCCAAGAGUUGGAGCUACGCGAGGAAAACAAACCUCGAUUCCUCAUCAAACCACUUUCCACUCGUGUUGGUCGUGGGGAAGAUGCCGUCUUCUCCUGUAAACUGUGGGGAAACCCACGGCCAGAGGUUGUCUGGGAAAAAGAUGGCAGGAAACUCAACGAAAUUUUUGAAAGUACACACUUCAGUGUAGGCUACCAGGAUGGUGGAUGGUUCCAGCUCAAGAUCUUUAAGACCCGUGCACCAGAUGGUGGUGUCUAUACCUGCAAAGCCAGGAAUGAGUUUGGGGAAGGGUUGGCAGGAGCUGUGUUGCUAGUUGAUGCGGGCCCAGGACAUGAGGAUGAAGGAAAUCGCAACGGAUACACAAAUGGCCACUGGAAAGCCCACCAGGGCAAACAGAGGAGUGGCAGGCAGGUGUCCAAUCGGCUCAAAGAUGAUACCAUGACCAAGUCAACUAAAGUGAAAAUGUUUGCAGUGACAGAGGGCAAACAUGCCAAAUUCCGCUGCUUUGUGACUGGGAAACCCAAGCCAGAAAUCAUCUGGAGGAAAGAUGGCAGGCUCAUAUUGUCUGGAAGACGUUAUUUGUUGUAUGAGGACAGGGAGGGAUACUUCACGCUCAAAGUGUUGUACUGUAAACAGAAGGAUAAUGGAGUUUAUGUUUGUGCUGCAUCCAAUACUGCAGGACAAACCCUCAGUGCUGUGCACCUGUCUGUAAAGGAGCCGCCUGUGCGGUUCAAGCAGCCUCUCAUUGAUCUAGAGGUGUGGGAACGGGACUUGGCUGUUCUUGAGUGUGAGGUGCCAGAAGACUCUGUUCCCAUCACAUGGUAUCUGGAGGACAGACGACUGCAGCCAGGGGCCAAAUAUGGGAUGGAGGAGUGGGGAACAAAGCGACGGCUAACCAUCCGUGACAUUGGAGUUGAUGACGAUGGGAUUUACCUCUGUGAAAUGGCUGAUGGAGGUAGAAGCAUUGCAGAGGUAGCUGUAAAAGGCACAAUUGUGCGGAAACUUCCAAGAAAAGUCGAUGUCUUAGAAGGAGAAAAUGCUGCUUUUUGUGUUGAAGUGGAAGAAGAAGAGAUGGACAUACACUGGUACAAAGAUGGCAUAGAACUGCGCGAAACACACCAGACCAUCCUGAAGUCUUUUGGUCGCACUCACAUCCUGGUUUUCGUCAACACAAUGCCCCAGGAUUCUGGCCUUGUGACUUUCUUUGUAGGUAGAUCCAAGACCUCCUCUCAGCUAAGGGUAAAAGCUGCCAGACACUGUCCUCCCAGUUGUCCUGUGGGUGUGCAGAUAAACACAGAGCGUGCUAAUGCUGCACUUCUGUCCUGGGUUCCUGCCCAGGACUCACGAAAGAAUCCUCCCUCUGGAUAUGUACUUGAGAGACAGGAGGUGGGCACUGGAUCACAGGAGUGGCUACAGUGCCUGACCACUGACUCUGCCACCUCUGUGGAGAUCCUUGGUGACAGCGUUCCAUGUGAAGCUGAUUAUCGAUUUCGCAUUUGUAGUGUGAACAAAUAUGGCAAGAGCAACAACGUUGAGUUCCCCAGAGCUGUUCACCUGGUCCCAGUGGCCAGAAUUCAAGCUCCCCUACAGGAUGCCUUGGUCCCAGAGGGGCAAGAUGCCUUGUUCUCUAUUGAACUCUCUGCUUCAGUUAUCGGGACAUGGUUCUUAAAUGGUACACAGCUUCAAGAGGAUGAGCGUUACUCCAUGCGCCGAUCACGAACACACCAGUCUCUUCGUAUUCGAGGAGUUCGUGACACAGAUAAUGGAGCUGAGAUUACAUUCAUUGCCUAUGGUAUUCGGGAUUCUGCAGCAUUGUACAUUCAAGCUCCUCUUGUGAAGUUUUCACCACUGUCAGAAAUGGAUCGUAAUAAAUUUGUAGAAGUUGGAAACCCCAUUGUGCUUUACUGUGAGCUGUCAGACCCAGCAGCUCCAGUGCACUGGUACAAGAAUGGGGUGGAAAUACAAACAAUGGAGGGUCUUCAUAUCCAAUCAGAGGGCACCAUGAGGAGAAUCGUCAUCCAAUCAGCAGAGUUCUCACAUUCAGGAGUGUAUUGCUGUGAUGCCAUUGACGAUGUGAUCAGAUUCAAUGUGGAAGUGGAGGCGCCACCGGUAACAUUUGUCGACAUCCCAGAGGAGGACCUUUACAAGAGUGUUGUGGAACAGGACCAGCUCGUUCUGUCAUGCAAAGUGUCAAGGGCUGAUGCCGUCGUCCAGUGGUACAUGGAUGGAGUUGAGCUGCAACCAAGCGCCAACAUUACAAUACAAGAAGAUGGCACCUCAAGAAUUCUGACCAUCCAUUCAGCUCAACUGUCAGACACAGGAACAUACACAUGCCGUGCAGGAGACAAUGUUUUAAUGUUCAAGGUUAACAUCCGAGAACCUCCGGUGAUGAUAGUCUACCCCAAGGAGGAUGUCCACCUUGACCGCCAUGUCCCUGAAGAAAUCAUUCUGAGCUGUGAACUGUCUCGUCCAAACGGUGUUGUCCACUGGUACAAGGACGGACAGAAGCUGCAAGAGAGUGAAAACAUAAAGCUCAAGAUUGAAGGCCCUUAUCGAAGACUGAAAAUUCUUUGUAGUGGUGUUGAAGAUUCUGGAGAAUAUAUUUGUGAUACAGCUGAUGAUUCAAUAUUCUUUCACCUUAAUAUAACAGAACCUCCAGUGCGGAUUGUGUCUCCAAGCCAGUCUCAAAUGGAACUGUGUCAACAAACGUCUGAACGGAUGGUACUGAGCUGUGAGAUCUCCAGGCCCAAUGCAGUGGUCCGCUGGUAUCGAGAUGGACUUGAAGUAGAGGAGAAUGACAACCUCAUUCUGGAGGUGGAUGGUGUCUACAGGAGGCUUAUUAUACCUGAGACCACUGUCAAGGAUUCAGCUGAAUAUGUGUGUGAUACUGCCGAUGACUCUGUGACGUUUUUUGUGAACAUAGCAGAGCCUCCAGUUCGCUUUGUGCGUCCAAGGAAGAUGGCGAGUGGAAUAGAAAAAGAUGCUGGGGAGACUUUAGUCCUAGAAUGUGAAGUUUCCAGAUUCAACGCUGAAGUCACCUGGAAGAAGAAUGGGGAGGAAGUCGAAGACUCCAGAAACAUCACCAUCCUCGAGGAUGGUGUCAUGCGUCAAUUAACCAUCCAUUCGCUGUCAGUAGAAGAUGCUGGGCAAUAUGUCUGUGAUGCCAAGGAUGAUGUGAUGGAUUUCCAUGUAAAAGUGAAAGAGUUGCCUGUGAAAAUUUUAGGAAAACCAGAGGCAAAAACGGAAAAGCAGUUCUUGGUAUCAGAUGAUAUAAUUUUAGUGUGUGAGCUCUCAAGAUCCAAUGCCUCGGUUAACUGGUGCAAAGACAACCGGCUAAUCAAUGACAGUGAGCGGUACUGUAGUGAAGAGCAAGGGGUUUUCCGGUCACUGGUUGUCCUAAAUGCUGGACUGGAAGAUUCUGGAGAGUAUACCUGUGAUGCAGUGGAUGAUAAAAUGGUAUUCCAUAUUACUGUCAAAGAGCCGCCCGUAAAAAUUAUUGGUAACUCUGGAAACCCUGAGCAACAUAUCCUGGUAGCAGGCGAUGACCUCAUUUUGGAGUGUGAGGUGUCUCGGCCAAACGCCACCGUUCAGUGGUUAUGGAAUGGCAAGUCACUGAAACCAGACACUCGUAUCCAAAUUGACAGCCAUGACUUUGUGAGGAAGCUCGUUCUCUCUGGACUUCAGCCGUCAGACUCUGGAGAAUAUGUAUGUGAUGCCAUAGAUGACAAAAUGAUAACCUUCGUUGAAGUCCAAGAGCCACCUGCCAAGUUUGUGAAUAAACAUGCAAAUAAUAACCUUUUUGCUUAUGAAAAUGAGAGUGUUACACUAUGUGCCAUCCUGAGCCAAGAAAGAGCUAAUGUCCGGUGGCUGAAAGAUGGCCAAUUAUUGAACGAGGACAACAUUCACAUCUCCAGUGAGGGUAAUACCCACAAGCUCACUAUUAAUCCCCUGCAGCUGUCAGAUGCUGGAGAAUAUGUCUGUGACGUCAAUACAGAUGAGAUGUAUUUCAGUCUUUUAGUCAAAGAAAUGAAAGUGAAAUUCAUCAGACCUCUGGAGAAUAUUACUGCUCUGAAGGGCAGCAGCCUUACAUUACGAUGUGAGGUCAGCAAGCCCAAAGGAGAUGUCCAGUGGCUAAAGGAUGGCCAGGACAUCCCACCCAGCCGGCGCCAUACAAUAAGGGCACAAGGUCGAGAGAGAAGCUUUACCAUCCAUGAACUUGUGAAUGAAGAUGCUGGAGAGUAUGCCUGUGAAUCCACAGAUGACAGGACCUCAGCCACCGUCACUGUAGAAACCCCACGUGUUGUUGAGUUCAUUGCAGAGCUUCACAACAUCACAGUCUGUGAAGGGGAAGAUGCAAUAUUUAAGUGUGUGGUUUCACCCGAGGAUACUCAGCUGGUGUGGCGCCUAAAUGGCAAGCAAGUAGCCCAGAAUGAGCGGUUUGUCAUUUCAAGCAACGGGUUAUGCCACAUGCUCUGCAUCCACAACUGCCAGGUUUCAGAUAGCACCAGAGUGACGGCAGAUGCAGAGGGCUUGCUAUCCGAGGCAAACCUCCAGGUUCAAGAGCAACAGGUGUUGUUCACCAAAAACAUGGCGCCUGUCACAGCUGAAGAGUUCAGCGAGGCGACUCUGGAGGUGGAGGUGAGUCUGGAUUCCGGAGAGGUGCAGUGGAUGAGGCAAGGGGUGCUGAUCCACCCUGGAGCCAAGUAUACCCCCAAACACAAGGGCCGGAAACACAGUCUCACCAUCCACAAACUUACCAUGUCUGACCGGGGCACCUACAGCUGUGAAACCCUGCAUGACCGCACGCAAGCCCAGCUCACCGUGGAACCAAGAAAAAUCACACUAAAGAGAGGCCUGACUGACAUAAAAACCACAGAGAGAGAGACAGCGUCUUUCGAGGUGGAGCUGUCCCACGCCAAUGUCACAGGCACCUGGAUGAAAAACGGGAUCAAGCUUAAGCCGACAGCUCACUUCCGUAUGAGUGCCAAAGGACAAGUUCACAGCCUCACUAUUUCUAACCUAUCAGUAGAAGACACUGGCACCUUUAUGUUUUGCGUUGAAAAUCUGAAGACUUCUGCAAGGCUUGUUGUAAAGGAGCCCCCUGUGACAAUUUUUAGAAAACUGGAGGACCUGAGAUUUCCUGAAGGGACAACUGUGUCUAUUGAGUGUGAGCUGUCAAGACACAAUGUGGAUGUGAAGUGGAUGAAGAAUGGGGCUGAGGUGAAGCCAGGCAAGGACUUGCGCAUUUACGCCAUGGGAAGGAAACGCUUUCUUCAGAUCAUGAAAUGUCAUGUCAGUGAUUCCGGCAUGUACACCUGUGAUGCUGGAGAUGCCACUACAUCCUGCACUGUGGAGAUCUAUGAACGCGAGCUGGUGAUAGUACAGGGCCUAGAGGAUUUGGACAUCCAGGAAGACCAGAACGCUGUGUUUGUGUGUGAGAUCUCAGUGGAGGAUGUGCUUGGGGAAUGGUACAAAAAUGGCGAGAGGAUACGACCCACCAGCACCAUCAAGAUCCGCCAGGAAGGGACCAAACAUUUUCUUCUCAUGUGCAACGUGCGAGGAGAGGACUCUGGAGAAAUCAAGUUUGUUGCCAGACACAUUGAAUCUGCAGCCUACCUGGAAGUGGAAGAGCUUCCUGUCAACAUUGUGAAGCCCCUGCAAGACAAGACCGCCCUUGAGAAGAGCCGUGUGAUACUGGACUGCACGGUGUCCAACCCCAGAUGCAGCAUCCGCUGGUAUAAAGGCAGUAAUGUCAUCUUGCCCUCAGAGCGCUUUGAGAUCUGCAGUGAGGGCUGUUAUCGCAAGCUGAUCAUCCAGCAGGUGGCGCUAGAUGAUGCCGGCACGUACAGCGUGCAGGUUGGAGAGUACACGUGCUCUGCAAACCUCACAGUAGAGGCCCAGUCUCUGCUGAUGAUCAAAGAGCUGGAGGACGUGGAGGUCACGGCCCCGGAGGAAGCCUGCUUUGAAUGCGAGGUUUCAGUGCCUGUCCUCAAAGCGCCUGUGUGGAGCCUGAAUGGGGAGCCUUUGCAGCCAGGCCCAAAGGUGCUGCUGGAGAAGAUGGGCACCAUCCACAGGCUGACCUUCAGACAGACUUCGGUGGACAUGAGCGGCUUGGUGGAGUUCAUUUCUGGAAAAGCAAAGAGCAGUGCCCACCUUCAGGUGCUGAGUAAAUGAAACAAGGUGACCCCUGGCUGACAGCAUCAUCGCCUAAUUGUCAUCACCUAAUUGAGAUGGAUUGAUUGUUUAUUGUGUUGACUUUUCAAACUGUAGCGCUGAAGUGGCUAAUACAUUUACAUGUCCUUCAAAGCGGUUAAAAACAGGGUCAGGAGAGAUUUUCUUGCAAUUUAAUCACAUCAGCAAGUGGAUCUUUUCAUGAAAUGCUAUAAAAAAAGAAAAAAAAAGUUAUUUUCAGAGGAAAAAAGCUCCAUGAGUCUAUAAAGAAAUGUAUGAAAAGCUUUUUCACCCCCAUGUGAACUGCAGUUUCAGUGUAUUUAAA